AUGGCGGUUAAGUGGGAACGACAUGCAACUGUUUAUUGUUCGAUCGUUGAUGGCUCUUUGAUGGACGUAGGUGACACCUUCACAGAUGAUGAACUAAUUCCUUUUCUUCCUUUGCUCACGACUUACCUUGUUGAUCCGUCUCCGUGCGCAUCCAAGACAUUUCUUUCAAAAAUAUGUUCACUUGCAAUGGAAACCAACUUUAUGCCAUUCUUUUCACUUGACUAUUAUUAUGUUGAGAAAAAUAUCGUGUCGUGUAGAACUGAAGGCAGCGAUGGGUUUGACAGCCUAGACCCUUCUCAAAAAUUAACGACACUAUGCCGAACUCUUCAAAAAAGUAGUUCCGUGAUCCACGAAGAUUGGCUAUUACCUUGCUUGUGUGAGGAAAAUAUACAAGAGCUGGGGUGGAUGCUGUCUCUCAUUCUACUCAACAUGCCGAACAUUAUUACGGUUGAUCAUCUUGUGUCGAAAUUGUUAUGCUUCAAGGAUGGACCUGAUCUGCUUACACAGAGCGUUGCUAAUGUCUCGGAACUAUAUCUACCUUUGGUGUCACAUUUGCUUGAGAUGGCCCCCACCGACCAAGUAAUUUCAGCUGCGCGCCUCACAACUAUCACAAACCUGGUCGCACUCAACCCUCCACUCUCUCAUUCGAUUCUCAGUCGAAUGGCUGAAACUCGUAAAGAUUGUAUGUUUGCAACGCGCAUAGUUUGCGAACGUCUCGGUGAUGAGGCUGCUUGUCAUUUUCUUCGAACGCAUCUGAUGGACAGAAAAGGUCUCGUUUCCACUCUGAUUGGGAAAAGUGCUGCGAAACACACCGCAGCAGUUGUUUUGAAUCGUUUGUUGUCUAUGAUCGGAGCUGCACUUACUUCGCAAUCAGCUGAGCCUUUGACAGAUUUGCUAUUAUCUAUGAUUUGCUUAUAUCAUCGCUGUGGACUAAAACUGCCACCCUCCGACCUCACUACAAUUACUACAUUUAUGUGCCGUCGACAUAUAGAAUCAGACGCGCAUUUGACAGCUGCACUAGCUGCUCUUAUUGCAACGCCAACGCUUACUCUCUCAAUGAGUGUUCCCGUGGCACUAAGCUACCAGGUGGAGCCGCACAUUUCCUCGUGGCUGGAAUGGAUGCGAACUGAAACGGAAACUAGCCGACGCCCUGUCUUAGCUAGAGACAUCCUUUAUGUUGGUUUGGGUAUCGUCGGAAGCCGUUCCGAUGCCAUUUGUGCGUAUUUCGCAGAGACACUCCGAUUACAAAAAGUGUUAGUGCAUCAACGGCAGCUGGAUCAGUGGAAAACUCUUUUUGUAAACUCAUGUCUCACUGAAGCGGAUCUCACAGUCAGAUGCGCAACACUACCAAUCACGCAUUCACUAUCUACUUCUUCUGGUAACAGAUUACCCAUCCAUGCUAUGGCAGAACUCAUGUCUGCGAACGCAUUCACGAAACACAAUGUGGAUAUAAGUUCUUGGAUGGAGAAACAGCUAGUUGAACUGGCGUUGCCAAUUCACCCACAUCUUCCUGACCUGACGAUACGUUUUGCCAACGAAGCUGCGCAGAAGAAUGUGGCAGGGCUGUCACCACAGUUUGUUGAGGAAGUCUUCUUUGGGGAACUUCUGGACGAGUCUAGGCUCACUGUCCGCAUUUUGGUUUUGCUGUACCUUCUGUGCUAUAGAACAAAGAAGAGCGCGGUCAAAGGAGAGGAGAUGUAUCCUAAUUCUAUCUACACUCGUCUGCCAAUAAGAUACUUACUGAGUGUUAUGGAGACGAGAUACGACGAUUUUUCUAGGGCAAGAUGCCAUCUCAUUCGACUCGCAACAGAUCUUUUUCCUUACAUGCUGCCAACUGUGCACAGUAUGGAAAUCGCAAAAUCGCGUUGUGCAGGCAGAAAGGUGAUGGAUAGCGCGAAAGAGUUCGAAGAGGCUCUAUGUUCGACCAAUUUCAUGGUGUCAUUAAGAGCUGCACAAAGGCUGGAUAGUGCUCCUCUUACUGAUCAAGUGCGGUUCGUUCCCUGUGUAGCGCGUGCUUUCUUAUUUUCGCUCGAGUCCAUGCCACAUUCGUAUGCCGAGAUUAUAGCAAAGGUCUGGAAGCGCCUGGAAAAUGUGGUUCCAAGGAUGCUUUACGAGUCCUGUGUAUCAGCGUGGUGCACAUCAGUUACUUCAGAGCAGUGUUAUACGCAUCCAUGUCUACUCUUCAGAUGUGACAGACGUAUACUAUCCUCGCCGCUACAUUUCUCUUGUUUCUUGAAAAUCGUUUACUUCUAUGAUCAGACAUGUCGCAUAGAACUGAUGUCACAAGUGCAGAAUUCUCCACAUCCAAGCAGUGAGGAGGAUCGUGCGUCGCGAGACGUACUUACCCAUGCCUUUGACCAUUCGCAGACUUCAAUUCUUAUACAAACACUGAUUGAAAUGAGUGACGCUAGAAGAAUGAAGGAUGAUGUUCGAGACAGUGCUGCUAUUGCUCGACGAUAUGAAGUGAGAAAAUUGGCAUGCGACUUCAUUCAUCAAAUGUUCAUUCAGGACAAAAACCUUAUGAAGCUCGUUCUUUUUCAGACAUGGCCAAUAGAGAUGAUUCGCCCGUUGGUGGAGUGUGUUCCGUCUAUGUUUGUAGCUACGGAGUUUAUUCAAGAAAUGUUAGCUCUGCCUGACUUAAAGAGGCGGAUCUUUGCUGUUUGCCUCAUGGCCGAAGUAGGACGAAAGUACCGGCUCCCAGAAUCUGCUGCAUCCCUAAACCUAGUAAUGGAUGUCCUGAACACUCUGCUGAAAUAUGCUCAGAUGCCAGGGAAUCAUGCUCUUUUCACUGCAAUCACACCUUCGUUAGGGCACAUUGUUCCUAUAUUCCCUUCGUUCGCCCAGUUAGUAUCUACUCUACUACUACGAAUCUCGUCAAUAACGCGAACACAGUUAGCAAUGAACUGUCUUGAUGUCCGGCCUCGAGGUAGCCGGGAACGGAAGCUUACCACUGUUGUGGAACGAGUGGUUAGCUCUCGCAUGAAGGUCACUGACUGA